AAAAUAAACAACGUGCUCUAACGAACGGACGCAAACACAAAACCACUUCGUGAUUUCGCUAAUAUUCAGAGGAAAGCAUCAAUAUGUACCUUAUGUACGAUAUCAAUGAGCAGGGCGAACGCCUUUACACACUGAAGAAGCAUAACUCUGCCGGUACACCAACACAAUCAGCACACCCUGCGCGAUUUUCCCCGGAGGACAAGUUCUCUCGGCAUCGUAUUAUCAUCAAGAAACGAUUCGGACUAUUGUUAACUCAAAAGCCGGAACCUAUUUACUAAUAAUGGAACAGUAACUAAAUAAAGUUCAGAUUUAUUAACCUCACUCGCAACCGUAAGAUCAUUU